GUUUCUGACACUCCAUUUCUCUGCAGGCCGGAGUGGCUUGCAGCAAGAGCUCGCGAGAGGGAGAAGAAGACCAAUGGCUCUUGGGCAGCAGCUGAGAGUACUGCACGCUCUGGAUGUUGCCAGGACACAGCUCUACCACUUUAUGGCAACCGCAAUCGCCGGCAUGGGCUUCUUCACGGAUGCCUAUGAUUUCUUCGCCAUCUCCCUCGUCAUGGAUCUCAUAAGCUACCUGUACUACGAGGAACAGAUUGAUCGCGGCGUCAAAGCCACCAUCAACGGCAUCGCUCUGUGUGGCGCCGUGCCGGGGCAACUGGUCUUUGGCUGGCUGGGCGACAAGAUGGGCCGCAAGCGCAUCUACGGCGUCACGCUGCUUCUCAUGGUGGUCACCUCCCUGGCGUCGGGCCUCUACUUCGGCACCAACGAAGCGUCGAACGUGGUGGCCGUCCUCUGCUUCUUCCGCUUCUGGCUUGGCUUCGGCAUCGGCGGCGAUUACCCGCUCUCGGCAACCAUCAUGUCCGAGUACGCCAACAAGAGGAGACGCGGCGCCUUCAUUGCGGCUGUUUUCGCCAUGCAAGGUUUCGGCAACCUUGCAGCUGGAAUCGUUGCCGUGGUGGUAUCAGCCUCGUUUCUGAGGACCAAUCCAAGAAGGAACGCUAACUUCGUCUGGCGGAUCGUUCUCAUGCUGGGCGCGGUUCCGGCGAUCCUCACCUACUACUGGCGCAUGAAGAUGCCCGAGACGGCGCGGUACACCGCGCUGGUGGCAAAGGAUGCGAGGAAGGCAGCGUCAGACAUGUCCUCCGUCCUCCACGUGGAAAUCAGCCCAGAGGACGAAGCAGUCAGGCAGGACCAGUACGGUCUCUUCUCGCCGCAGUUCCUACGAUACCAUGGAACACACCUGCUCGCCACCAGCGCGUGCUGGCUCGCCGUCGACAUCACCUUCUACUCGCUCAACCUCUACAUGAAGGACAUCUUCGUCGACGUCGGUCUGAUUGACCCUCCGGGGAAAAACCACUUGUUCAUGCGGAUGACCGUCACUACCUUGCUGCACACGGGCAUCGCGCUCUGUGGUACACUGCCGGGAUACUUCUUCACCGUCGCAUUCGUGGACCGCAUCGGCCGUGUCAGGAUUCAGCUACUGGGAUUCACUAUGAUGUCCGUCUUGACAGCCAUCCUCGCAGCCACUUAUGCGUACUGGAAACGGCAGGAAACAAUACAGCGCAAGAUGGGCUUCGCAGUCUUGUAUGGCUUGACCAACUUCUUCGCCAAUUUUGGUCCCAACACCACAACAUUCAUAGUUCCGGCGGAGAUUUUCCCAGCACGGAUGCGCGCGACGUGCCAUGGCAUAGCCGGCGCAUUCGGGAAGAUAGGCGCCAUCAUCGGCGUGUUUGGCUUCAUGUCCAACAUGGAAGAACACGGCGUCGUCCCAAGAAAGCUGUGGGCACUAUUUUCCUCCAACCUAGUCGGCCUUGUGUUCACCUUCCUUCUACCGGAUUCCAAAGGUAAGUCGCUGGAAGAGAUGGCCGGUGAAACGGAAGAACAGCAGCAGCAACAGGACGCUGCAGUAGUUGCCGCGGCCGACCAUAUAAAUUUGGUGCCUAUUUAGCACGCCCAAUGGUCACUGUUUGUUGCACGCAAUGGGGUGCGUGGCACUACUUCGUGAUAUGUGAAUAUUUCAUAGAUCUUCUUCUA